UUUAAUAACCGGAGGAAUCCAACGUCGAGUUAUGUGUGGUAUUUCAUUAAGCAGCGUCGAAGUCUGAACUAGACCAUUAUGAAAUGACGUAGAUGUUGGACCUCCUCCCCCAUCAUAACUCCUCUUUAUUAUUUGACGCUUCACACCUCUGCCACCCCCUUUAAAGAUCCCGCAUUUAUCGCGAAUCCCAAAAACAGAGAGCUUCCAACCAGUUCGACUGGUCACCACCAACCAACCAUGUUAAUUUGGUGUUUAGGUGUGUUACUUCUGUUGCAUGUUGUGGACUUGCAGUUUGCAGUUGCAGACAACAGUUUGAUUACAAUUCCGGAACAUGAUACAAAUGCUGUCCUCUAUUUUGAAACAAUUCUGGAUCCAAACGACAAGUUGCAUCUGUACUGGACUGUUGAUUACGAAGAAGAGACUGUGACAUUUGAACUCAGAGCUAGAGUAGCUGACCAUGAUUGGAUUGGGGUUGGAUUUUCAGACAGAGGAGAAAUCACCAAUGCCGACCUUUGUAUCUUAUGGACCGAUAGAAAGAGGAAAAAUCGAUUCCAGGAUGCUUACACAGAUGAAGCGGGAUUCGUUACAUUGGAUGACCAUGACGAUUGUCACUUAUUAAGCAUGAAAAGAAGAGGUUUCGUUACAAGAUAUGCAUGGUCCAGAAAAUUUGACACUUGUGACAAUCAAGAUUACUAUAUUGAGGAUGGAACAACACAUGUUGUUUAUGCCAUGGGAAGAGGACCCAUUCGAAGACUUGAUGGUAUGAACUUGGCUAAAGAAAUACAUGGGUUUCAAAGAGUGCAGCUUCUGAAGAAUAUUAUGCCAAACCCACCGUUUCCCGAAAACACAAAGACAAUAACAAUCCACAAUGAUAAGGUAGCAGUGCCAAAUGUUGAAACAACCUAUUAUUGUACUCUACAUCGUUUGCCUCCAGAAUUUGAAAACAAAAAUCACAUUAUUCAGUACUCUUCUGCUAUUCAAGAAGGAAGCGAAGGUCUUGUUCAUCACAUGGAAGUUUUCCAUUGUGAAGUUGAGGCUAACAAGAAAUUACCUCCUUGGAAUGGACCCUGCUCGAGCCCUGCAAAACCAAAAAUUUUGGAAGCCUGUAAAAGAGUACUGGCUGCUUGGGCAAUGGGUGCUCUGCCAUUUACAUAUCCUGAAGAAGCAGGGCUUCCAAUUGGAGGACCAGAAUUUUCGAGAUACGUCAUGCUGGAAGUGCAUUACAACAAUCCUGAACUCAAAGAAGGUGUCAUUGACAGUUCUGGUAUUAAACUUACGUACACCCCAUCUCUUCGACAGCAUGAUGCUGGAGUAAUGGAGUUAGGCUUAGAAUACACUAAUAAAAUGGCCAUUCCACCACACCAGGCUGACUUCAAAUUAACUGGAUAUUGUGUUGCCGAGUGUACUCGAGUGGGUAUACCAGCUGAGGGAAUCGUGAUUUUUGGUUCCCAGCUUCAUACUCAUCUUACUGGAACGAAAGUAUAUACAAAGCAUAUCAGAGGAUCAGCUGAAUUACCAGAACUUAAUCGAGAUAACCAUUAUAGCACUCAUUUUCAAGAAAUUCGCCGUCUGAAGCGCCAAGUUAAAAUUUUACCAGGAGAUUCAUUGCUUACAACAUGCCAUUAUUCCACUGUGGAUCGUGAAAAUAUUACUUUGGGUGGAUAUGCUAUAAGUGAAGAAAUGUGCGUCAACUAUGUCCAUUAUUAUCCGAAGUCUGAUCUUGAAGUCUGUAAAAGCUCAAUCGACACGAAAGUUCUUGGAAGUUAUUUCCGAUACAUGAGACAAUACAAUGAUGAAAGAACUUCUGAAUCUAAGGGAGUUGAUGAAAACUAUCAAUCUAUCCACUGGAGCCAAGCUAAUGCAGAUUUCCUGUAUCAUUUGUAUUCCAACGCACCUCUAUCUAUGCAGUGUAAUCAGUCUUCUGGAGAUCGAUUCCCGGGUUAUUGGAAUGGUGUACCAAAAACAGAAAUUUUAUACCCUCUGCCACCGCAAAAGCGAAGAUGCAGAAGCUCUGCAGCAAGUAAAAGCUACAUUGACGAUGAGGAGGAAGAAGGCGAUGAAUAAGAGAAAAAAUGCAAUGGUUUGAAUUCAUAUUAAAUACAAUUUACAUUAGUUAGA